AUGGCUUCUGUGCUGGGUUGCUUCAAUGGACCCGAAGUGUUAGAAGACGACAGUCACGCUCGUGUUUUGAUAGGAGAGUUGAAAGCGUUGUACGACAGUCGUCUCCUCUCGGACGUCACUAUCGAGGUUGACCCCGAGGGAGAGCCCCUGGAGCCCGGCGGGGGCCCCUCGGGUGAUGACCCCGUCCAGCUGUUUCACUGCAGCCGCAACGUUCUAGCCGCCGCUAGUCCUUACUUCAAGAGCAUGUUCACCGGCGGCUUGACCGAGAGCGUCCAGGAAAGGGUGGCCAUCCGCGGAGUGGACGCCGAGUCCAUGGCGGUGAUUGUGGACUACUGCUACACUGGUAAGGUGACCAUCACUGAAGGCAACGUCCAGAGACUCUACGCCGCUGCCAAUAUGCUCCAGCUGGAAUACAUCCGGAAGGCCUGCUCCGGCUUCAUGACCCGCAGGCUCGACCUGGCCAACUGCGUGGGGAUCCUGAAGUUCGCCGACACCUACGACAACCCCGAGCUGAAGGAGAGCGCUCGGGCUUUCAUCGCCCGGAACUUCGGCCAGCUGUGCAUCGCGGGGGAGCUUUGCGAGCUGGAUCUUCACCAGUUGGAGGAACUCUUAUCUCUGGACACGUUAGACGUGGCGUGCGAGCGCGAGGUUUGCUCGGCCGCCCUGCGCUGGAUCGAAGCCAACGCGCCGCCCAAGAAGGAGGACGCGCUACGGGCGUUGAGAUGCGUACGCUGGAACUUGUUCAACGAGAGGGACAAGCGUUACCUAGAAGGUCUAGCGGCGAGACCUUUCAUCGACAAGUACUUGGAGUCGUUCUUCAACAGGCCGUGCGCCGCGGCUUUGGACGUGCCCAAACACAGGAUAGGCGUAAGCGCCAAAGAGAUGAUCUUGUUCUUCGGUCUCCCGAACGACAACAUCAUGUGCUGCGACCCGUAUUCCGAGGAUCUGUACUUUAUGACGCCGCCGCUCUUGGAUUUGAGCAGCCAGGAUUACAAACGCUCCACCAUGGAGUCCCUCAUUGCUUGCUCCAGUCCGGAGAACAACCUCUACCUAGCGUCCCAUCUUUCCAAACACUUCUGGCAGUAUAAUCCUGUGCUGAACAGCUGGCAGGAACUUGCGGAGAGGCCGCUCGGGCGGAUUCACUCUGGAAUGGGCUACCUCAACGGUCACGUGUACCUCCUAGGCGGAAGAAACCCCGUGACGGACGCCCGGCUGAAAGAAGUGGAGUGCUACAGCGUCCAGAGGAACCAGUGGACCUUCGUGGCUCCGCUUCCGCACUCUUUCGGUAAGAUGCAGGUGGUGGCGUUGAACGACCACUUGUACGUGGUCAACAAGCGCCGCAUGCUGUGCUACGACCCGCGCCGGAACCGCUGGCGACACUGCGGCUCGUUGCGGCGCGACAAGCUGCACAAGGCGUGCGUGUAUCAGGACCAGAUUAUCUGUGUGUGUGACAUUCCCGUGGUGAAGGCUUAUAGCCCCGCGCGGGGAGAGUGGCGGCGGCUGGCCGACAUCCCUAUCGACAGCCGCGCCCUUAACUACCAGGUGAUCCAGCACGGCGGGAAACUGAUGCUCCUCACGCAGACGCUGCUGCAGCACAAUAAGAACCGCGUGCUCAUGCACGAGUACGAGCCGGCGAGAGAAAGCUGGAAGAGCGUCAUGGCGGUCUACGUGUCCACGCUGGGGCCCGUGUGCGUUUCCACGCGCGUGUACCCGGCGUGCCUAGGCUCGGCGCAUAGCUUCUCCACCGAAGAGGACGACGAUAGCGGAUCCAGCGCAGACUGGGACCUGGACGGGUUGACGGACGCGGAUUCUGACUCUGCUAGCUCCAGCUCCUUUUCGGAUGAGAACUGGUAG